CGUAAAGAAACGUCGCGAAAACCUGUACAUACCUACUGUGUUGUAUCAUUGCUUCAUGAGUAAACAUUAGAGUUUAAUUAUAUAGUUUAGAUUUUAAACACCAAUGUGAUAAAUAUUUUUUUAUUUUAUAUUGUUAUAAAAUUGAUUUAGAGACAAUGACUUUAUUAAGUCUUCCAAUGCUCGUAGUUGAAAAUAUACUCUCGUAUCUAUCUUACGACGAAAUUGCAAAGUUGAGAUUGGUAUCAAAGCCAUUUAAUAACAUAAGUAUGCGUUUGCUGAAUCGAGGUUUUCUGAUGAUUGAAAGACGACAUGCAUUGGCCCUUAAGAAUGUUAAGGCACAAUUACCACGCAGGGAAUCAGAGCGCAGGUAUCAUCCUUUGGCUCGUCACUGCGAUAUUCUAACAUCAAUAGAGACACGUAUAUCAAUGCUUAACAUGACUUACUCCAAGUUUAUAGAUAAUGGGAUCUGUUGUUUUAUACCGGGAAAGGUGAUCGAUGAAAUAAGUCGCGUGCUUUAUAUAGUAGAAACAUCAAAGUCGCCGCCUCGCGCUCAUGAAGUGCUCCAAGAGCUGCGCGAUAUAUCCAGUAUGGCAAUAGAGCAUUUUGACGACAAAAUAUCACCGGCAUUAAGACGAAAAUUACAAGAGGGUGUUGCACCACCUCCACCGAGGCCCUCUCCACCAGCUGUUUUAGCGCCAAUAACGCUGAACCAUGAGAUAGUGGCGCUUCGCCGAAGAUCGAUACUGAACGCGAGGCUGUCUCUAUACCUGGCUGCGCAAUAUAAGAAGUUUCAUAAACGGAUGUUAACUUACAAACGUAUCGCUGGCCUGCAACAAAAACAAAUACGAGAAUAUCAGAAGAAACAAAAGCAACAGGAUAACUGCAUAGCGGACCUUAAGAGGCGUAUAGAGGAAUGUGACAUAAAAUACAGUGAAUUGACACACACGAACCAAGCCGUUGGAGGGAAAGCUACAGCUACAGAAAACUCAACGGGUACUCAGCCGUUAAGGCAUUUCGGGAGUCAGAUCAAAUUGGAUUUAUCCGUUCUACCAAUCGGUACGUCUAAAAGGAAUCAGAAUAUACUAUUACCGAACAUAAAACCAAGGAAUCCAUUAAUCAAGCUCCCGAGUUUAUCAGAAGAUAGAACCCAGAGAUUCGAUCAGAACCCAGGACCGUCCACAUCGAACCAAAGUCCGAAAGGAAGAGUUUUAUCCACAAUGGCCAAGAUACGCGGUCUCACAAACGAAAUUAGAAAUCUAACAAAUAUAUCAAAAUCUAUAGAGGGUAGGUUAAAACGUCCGUUGAGAACAGAAGACGACGAAAUACUACCAAAAAAAUUAAAACAAGAUUAACUAACUUUUAUCAAUAAAUAUUUCGACUAGACUUGUAUUUUUCUUUAAACAAAAUGUACAAAAACGCUAUUGAAAAUAUUGGAAAAGAAUUUUAUGUACUCGUUUGAAUUAAAUCAUUAAAUCCAAGUUUGUUUACAAUUACACUUCACAAUCCUUGGACAAUUUGUAUCGCAAUAUUUAUUUAAUAAAUAUAUCAUAAACACUUUGUAGUAGAUAAUUUAAUAUUUUAAUGUUGCAACAUUUAUGUAAUAAACUGUAUUAUAUUUACUAUUUUCAUUUAUUUAUAUAAUGUAAAAUAUAUAAUCGUAUAAUUGACACGCACUCUUGAUUCGGUAGUCAUCUUUCAUCUAAAAAAAAAAACAUUUCAUUCAUAAUAAUAUAUUGUGUUGCCAUAUCAAAAGAAAUUAAUUUGAAAAUACUCUCGAACUUUAAGAUUUAAAGUCACUUUAUCUUAUGUAUAUACUUUAAUUGAUAAGUAAUCCGCCUUCGUUUGUUCUGUAGCGAUUUAUUCUUGCUUAUUAGCAUAUAAGAAUUUUAUGUAAUUUUAAAUUUAUAAACGUCAUUCAUUACGAAAAGUAUUUUCAGAGUACAUUAUUUAUAAGUUUUUUUUCAAACUUUGCACUUUUGUAUUUUAGAGAAAUAUGAAAUGUUUAUGAGUUUAAAUAACUAAAUUUAUGUUAAAACAUAAGUCGAUAUUUAGGAAAUAAUCACUACAAAUUAUUUACCGUAUAUUAUGUAUAAUACAGUUGUUGUUUAGCGCAAAUAUUUGUUAACGUCAUAAAUGAGAAAUCGUUUCGGAUCAGAAGCGUAUCCAGAAACACCGCUCUCAAAUUCGACGUUGUAACUUAAAACACUUAUGGCUUCAAUUUAAAAUAAAUAUUUUGUUACAAAAAAAAAAAAAAAUUUACACGAAUAUUGUUAAUGAAGGUUAUAAAGCAAUUAGUAAAUAUUUAUAUAUUAUGUAACUGCCAGAUUAUUUACUAAAAAUAAGCAAUAACGUG